AAAUAGAUAAAAACGGAAUUUUGUGAGAAACGCUGAAAAUGUUGCUCAGCUUGGACGGGCUUUUUGAUAAUACGAAAUAAAAUCAUUAAAAUCUGAGAAAACCCAAAAUUGUCCAGCAGCUGUGUUGCUGCCUUGCAGGCUAGUGGUUGUACACUCUGUCUAUGAGGGCGGUCAUGUCGGUGAUGCUUUCAUAUUGAUUAUAAAUUCUAUAUUGCCUUUGCCGUCGUUGAGACUUUGAGAGGAUUUCAGGUUCAAUGAUAAAAAUUGUUCUUGAGUUUGUUCGGUGAAAUGAUUCUUUUCAGUGGAGAUUUUCCUGAAUAGGAGAUAAAUUGAACGAGGUAAGCGUUUAAAGAUUCUGCCCUUUGCACUCACUCUCUCUCACACUCACUCAUUCUCUCACUCUCUAUCAUUCUCUCUGUCUCUACUUGGAUGAAACUAUGACGAACAUAAAAAAUUCAACAAUUUUGCUUAAUGAAAGACUGUAAGUCGUAUUCAGUAGCACCACCACUGGCAGAUAUUGCAUUGAGAAACAUUUGGAAUUUGGACAUGGCUUUAGACGUAAAUACUCGAACUGAAACAGUUGAAUUAUUGAGUCGUGAAGCUGACUGCCUAAAACACAAGCUUGAAGAAGAAAGAAAAAAACUAAACGAUGUGACAUUGGCAAAUGUUGCAGAACGAUUAGAGGAAGUUACAUUUCUAAAUAUAAAACCUAGACGUUUGUUAAAAGGAAACCAAGCUAAAAUGUUAUGUUGUGAUUGGUCUCCGGAUAAACGGCAUAUUGUUUCAUCUUCCCAGGAUGGUAAAUUACUAAUUUGGGAUGCAUUUACAUCUGCAAAAGAACAAACUGUUACAAUGCCAACUACUUGGGUGAUGGCAUGUGCCUAUUCACCAUCAGGCAACUUGGUUGCAUGCGGUGGUUUGGAUAACAAAGUAACAGUGUUCAAUAUAUCCAAUCCUGAAGAAGAUCCGUCUGCUAAAAAGAAAACUGUUGGUACACAUACAAAUUUCAUGUCAUGUUGCUUAUUUCCAAAUUCUGAUCAACAGAUUUUGACUGGUAGUGGAGAUGCUACUGCUGCUCUUUGGGAUGUUGAGUCAGGUCAAAUGUUACAAUCUUUCCACGGCCAUACAGGUGACAUAAUGUCCAUUGAUUUGUCACCAUCAGAAAUUGGCAAUACUUUUAUAUCAGGUAGUUGUGACAAAAUGUUACUAUUGUGGGAUAUGAGAACUGGUCAAAGUGUUCAAUCAUUUGAAGGUCAUCUUUCUGAUAUAAAUAGUGUUAAAUAUCAUCCAAGUGGAGACGCUGUAGCAUCUGGAUCAGAUGAUUCUACAUGUCGAAUGUAUGACUUAAGAGCAGACAAAGAAGUUGCUGUAUACUCAAAAGAAAGUAUUUUGUUUGGAGUUAAUUCUAUAGACUUUUCAGUCAGCGGUGGCACUCAAACUACCAAUUAGUUCGACCGAUUAUUGAAUGUUAAAUUGUUAUAACUUAUAAAACAUUUUUGCUCAAGACAUUACUGCCUCAUAAAAAAAAUCUUAAGAUCUUAAGCACCCUCAGUUUUUUUAUUGAAAUUGUGCCUAUAUUCACCAUAAAAAAAGUUUGGGCUUUUCGAACAUUUAGUAAUAUAUAUAUAUAUAUAUUUUUGAGCUUGAAGCCUGGCAACUUAGGCCAUUAGCUGUUGGUUUUUUUUUGUUUGUAGGUUGUUAGUAGAGGAACGGUUGAAAACACGUUUUGUAUGUAUGGCAAGAAUUUGUUGCUAAAAAUCCCUGGUAGUCACCCAUCCAGGAACUAGCAACGCCGGCUGUUACGUACACUCAGUGCAUUUCCGCAGUUGAGUGUACGCGCUGCGCCACACCAAGCCACUAAUAUAUUUUUGUUUAUUGUAAGGUAUUGAUUAUAGGUAUUGAUUAUAGGCUAUUGAUUAUGAUUGAAUAUAAUUUUAGACCUAUAUAUUAUAUUUGGUCAAAACCACAUAACUUAGUAAAAAUGAAUUUCCUAACACUAACUUUUUGACCUUUAUACUGGGAAGGCGGGAACUAACGCAUGUAGAUCAUAAACAAUGAGUCAAUAAAACAUUUAUGAUUAAUUUAUACUACGUACCUCACCGGGUCUGAAAAUAUACUGAUCGCAUAAUGGCAAGCGUGUCUCACGGGCAAUGCCGGUCGAGAGAACUAUAAUAUAAUAUAAUCAAACAUGUCCUGACUGACUCACAAACUGAUCAACAAAAAGCCUAACUAAUGAUAGCUUGAUGCUUGCAAUUUUUACGGUAUUUAUUAUAUUAUAUGAAUCUCAUAAGUCUAAAAUAUUUUUCGGCAAGAUAUUAUAGAUGGGAAUGGAUAGGUGUGUAUGGUGAUACACAAAUAUUUUACACUCUGGUGAAGCCAGAUGAUUCAGCUAGUACUAAUAUAAUAUUUAUAUUA